CACCUCCCUCCCUCUCUCUCUUCCCUGUACCAUCUACAGUACACUCUCUUCUCAGUGUUUCCCCACCUCUUCUCUCCUCUGCUCACAUUUUUGUCCUUUUCACUUUUCUCUCAUCUUUUUCUCUCUCUUUUCAUCUCCAUCUCUUUCUAAAUCUCAACCCCAUUUCCUCAAAUCCACCACUAGAAGAGCUAAAACAGUGGAAAAAUGGGGUGUGCUCAAUCAAGAUUAGAUAACGAAGAGUCAGUAUCAAGAUGCAAAGAACGAAGAAACCUCAUGAAAGAAGCUGUAAACUACCGCAACUUCUUUGCAGCUGCACAUUCAGCUUAUUCCAUGGCUUUAAAAAACACCGGUGCUGCUUUAAGCGACUAUGCUCAAGGCGAAACCCCACCUGCCCCGCCGCCGGUCGUUAACGAGCCGCCUCCACCUCCUCCUCCGCCGACUAUGGAAGCCAGUCCUCUCCCACCACCCCCUCCUCCUCCACCAGCUUUCUCACCUCUUCAACGCUCCAUGACUAUGCCCGAGCUUUCGAAACCUAGAGGUGGAAAAAUGAAAGGUAUUGCUAUUGAUGAGGAAAUUGAGGAGGAAGAGGAAGAAGAAGAGGAAGUUGAUUUGAAAUUAAGAGUAAAGCGAAAUGUGGCAGCGCGUGAGACACCAAUAAUGAAGGAGGAGCCAACCCCACCCCCGCCUCCCCCGGCCCCACCAGGGGAGGCGUGGGAUUAUUUCUUUAAUGUGGAUAACAUUCAUGGACAUUUAGAGGAAGUGGAGGAAGAAGAAGAAGAUCAGGAGGAGGAAGCAUUUAACGAACAGAAUAACGAAAUUCAAGACAAAAGAUUUGAUAAUGUGGGUAUGAAUCAGUACAAGGAUGAUCAGUUUAAGACGCCGGAGAAGAAGGGGAAAGUAGAGAUUCUGAGUGAGGUUGAAGAGGAGACCCCGGUGAGGGCGGAGGAUAGUACAGAGAGAGUGUUUAAGCAUUCAAACACUGCGCCACCUGAGAUAAGAGGGGGAGUACUGGGAGUUGGUGGGAAUGUUGUAGGGUAUGGUAACAACAAUAAUAAUAAUAAUGCUGAUUUCUUUAAAGUUUUAGGUGAAAUUGAUGAUCAUUUCCUUAAAGCUUCUGAGAAUGCACAAGAGGUUUCUAAGAUGCUUGAGGCUACUCGAUUGCAUUACCACUCUAACUUUGCUGAUAAUCGAGGACAUAUUGACCACGCAGCUAGGGUGAUGCGAGUCAUUACGUGGAACAAAUCAUUUAAGGGUGCACCUAAUGGUGAUGCUACUAAGGAUGAGUAUGACAUUGAUGAAUAUGAGACGCAUGCCACUGUUUUGGACAAAUUGCUGGCGUGGGAGAAGAAACUUUAUGAUGAAAUGAAGGCUGGUGAGCUUAUAAAACAUGAAUAUCAGAGGAAAGUUGCUUUGCUAAACAAGCUGAAGAAACGAAAUGCUAGCUUGGAAUCACUGGAGAAGACAAAGGCUGCUGUUAGCCAUUUGCAUACGCGAUAUAUAGUUGAUAUGCAGUCCUUGGAUUCCACAGUUUCUGAAGUAAAUGACAUCCGUGACAAGCAGUUGUAUCCCAAGCUGGCUGCUCUUGUUCAAGGGAUGGUUAACAUGUCGGAAUUCAUGUUAAGUCAUCACAAAAACCAGCUGGAGAUGGCUACUGAUCUCAAAGCCAUUGAAAUCUCUGGAUUCCCAUUAGAAACAAGCAAACACCAUCAUGAACGCACAAUCCAGCUUGGUAAUGUUGUCAAGGAAUGGCAUGAUCAUUUUGACAACCUUGUAAAAAAUCAAAAACUAUACAUCCAAACACUUCACAGCUGGUUGAAGCUAAAUCUCAUACCCAUUGAGAGCAGCCUAAAAGAAAAAAUCUCGUCGCCUCCUCGAGCACAGAAUCCCCCAAUUCAAGCCCUUCUCCAUUCUUGGCAGGAGCUUCUUGAGAAGCUUCCCGAUGAGAUUGCCAAAAGUGCCAUUGCUUCUUUUGAAGCUGUGAUAAGGACCAUCAUUAUUCAUCAGGAGGAAGAGAUGAAGCUGAAGGAGAAGUGUGAGGAAACUAGAAAAGAAUACAUACGCAAAAGGCAAGCAUUUGAAGAUUGGUACCAAAAGUAUAUGCAACGUAGAACUCCACCCGAUGUGGCAGAUCCUGAUAGAGCUACAGAGUCUAAUCCUAAAGAUCCUGUUGCAGAAAAGCAAUUUCUUGUGGAUGCAUUGAAGAAGAGGUUGGACGAGGAGACAGAAGCGCACCAGAAGCACUGUAUUCAAGUUAGGGAGAAGUCAUUAGGGAGUCUUAAGAUCCGGUUGCCUGAGCUCUUCCGAGCCAUGUCCGAGUAUUCUUACGCCUGUCUACAGGCUUAUGGUCGAUUGAGAGUGAUCAUACAAUCACAGCACUCAAAUGGGAGUUCAUAAGGGUCUCUAGGCUUUCUUUUCUUUUUCCACCUUGUAAUGUGUUCUUGUGAUCUUUUUGUAGCCAAAUGUAAUUUAAGCCUGGAUAAUAUCUACUCUGUAUUGCAGAUGUUUUGCCAUAUUGUAUGAAAAGUGGUAAUUCAUCACCUCAAGUGCAGCAGCAAAUGUUUGAUGGCACUGCUGUUACAAUACUUUUCUGCAUAA